AUGUCGACCUCCAAGGCGGACAUCGUCGUGUUCAUCACCGGGUACGGCCCCUUUGACACUGUGAAGGUGAACCCCAGCACUGCCAUUGCCCUUUGCGUCGUGGAGGACCUGAAGCGCCACCCCGACGUGACGGAGGUGCGCUACACGGAGCUGCAUGUCAGCGCAACGAGCGUCGCAGCUUAUUUUGAGAAGGUGGAGAAUGACAUUGCCCAGAUCAUCACCGAGCGCGGCGCCGCCAAGGUGAAGAUCCUUCUGUGCCAUCUGGGUGUUCACAGAGACACAACGGGGGUCAUCCGCGUUGAGGUACAGGGCUAUAAUGAGCUCUUUGCUAAAAUUCCUGACGUAGAUGGUAGGGUAUUCGAUCACACGCUCAUCAUCCCUGAAGACGGCACCACGGACGUCUUUCAGGAGAGCUGGUUUGGCAAGGAUGGAUCGCCGCAGUUCGAUGACCUGCAGCGUUUGAUUGAGCAGCUGAAUGACAACAUUGCCGCGUCGUGGCAGGACACCAUGACGAGUACGGCGACCAAGAAGAAGUUGAUGUCGGCAGACAGGAGCGGUGGGGCCAUGGUGAUGCCGGUGUUCCAGGCUCCACGCUGGGCGAUUUCGCGCAAUGCAGGACGCUAUCUGUGCAACUGCGCUCUCUACCGCGCACUUCGACUCCAGGAAAAGAAUACGGGAGUCGUGUAUGCGAUCUUUAUUCAUGUUGUCGAUCCGAGCUGCGGUAAGACAGAGAUGGAAGGCGGUCCGAUUGUGGCGUACAACCCAUCGAUCAUGGUACAAGCCGUACAGGUGAUGUGUUUCAUGUGCGGCCUGCUGUCUUUGAUGACCGCAUGA